GCCUCGUGACGCAGGCCCCCGUGCGGAAUCUGAUUGGGCUACAGAGCUCUGAGAAAAACAGGUUACGCCAUAUUGUAAUUUUUAAAGACAGUGGUACAUUUCUGCAAAAAUGACAGAAUAGCUUACUUUAUUGACGGUAGACGCUAAGAUGGCGCAUACAGGGGCAAAGGAAGACACAACCAUGGAGCAUUCCUCUGCCAAACAGGGAUCGAGUAUGUGCCUGCGGAGUCGACCGUGCUCCAGCGAGAGAGACGGUCAGGUACGGGCUGUGAAAGCCUGUCUCCAGUCCAGGUUGGGGCCCUACGAGCCCGUCCUGACCUACCUACAGUCCGUCCUCGUGUGGGAGAGACCCUUUCAGUGUGUGCUUCUCUACAUUGUGGUCAACAUUGUGUUCUGGUUCUUUGCCCUGACCUCACUACGCCUGCUGUUCCUGUUGGCUUCUGGUCUGGCUGUGGCUGUCUGUGUUGAUACAUGGAGAAACAAGAUCUGGCCAGAGAUUAGAGUCAGAAGAAAGAUGGAGGAAUCAGAAAAUGAGAGCUGGGGUCUGGUGCAGCCUGGGAUCCUCAGUGUCCCUGAACUGUGUCACCACAUCGCUGAGGCCUGGGUCAGUGGAGCAGUUCUCACAUCCAGCAUGAUGCAGUACAAACGACACAACCCUGGCAAGUUCUGCAUCCUUACCUGUGGAGUCUUCACCUGUUUGGCUGUGGUUGGACGUUACAUUCCUGGAGUGGUGCUCUCCUACUCUGCUGUGUUGGCUACACUGCUGUCCCCGUUGGCAGCCUAUCACAGGGUUUUCCAACAUGUGUGUGUGAAGCUGGAGCCAGUCCUGCAGCGGCUGGACUUCAGUGUUAGUGGAUAUAUGAUGUCAAAGCCCAUUGAUAAUCAGUUCUUGCGAAGGCCGAUCCGUGGUGCAGCCUCAGGCGAUGGCAGUGACAGUGAAGAAGAACUGGCUGCAUUUUGCCCAACAUUUGAUGAUGCUGUUGUUGCAAAGGAGCUUGCACUGACAGACUCGGAGCACUCGGAUGCUGAAGUGUCCUACACUGACAAUGGAACAUUUAACCUCUCUCGUGGUCAGACCCCGCUCACAGAGGGAUCUGAGGAUCUCGACAGACACAGUGACGCAGAAGAAUCAUUUGCACAAGACCUCCCAGACUUCCCCUCCAUAAAUCCCGAUGCCACGUUAAUGGAUGACGACGACGACACGAGCAUCGGGCUGCCCAGUCUAGGCCCAUCUGGACUAGCUAGCCACCGGGCGUCGGUGCUCGACGUGGAGGGCCAUCUGGAUUCAGACCAGGAGGAUCUGGAUACGGAGUUGUCUCUCAGCGGAUUGCCUCGCGCAUCCGAUCUCACUGGAGACCUGGCCGGAGUCAUCGCCAGCAACAUGAUCCAGGCAGCGUUGGCCGGGGCCCUGCAGCCUCGCGCUCCUGCUUCCCAGCGCAGAGAAGGCCCACCCAGAGCCGGGGCGCAUCGAAGCUACCGCAAGCAGUCCAGCUCAGAACUGGACACAGACUUGGACGGAGAGGACUUUGAAAUGCUGGAUCAGUCUGAACUGAACCAGAUGGAUCCCCUUGGAGGAGGCGGUAGCAGACGGGCAGAAAACCAGGGGUCUAACUUCUUGUCUAGUCUGCUUGGUAAACCACAGUAAGAGUAAUGUGUGUGUGUGUGUGUGUGUGUAUGUAAGUGGAAAUGUUGAAUGAGCUGUGAAUGUGUUGUGAAAGGUGAUUUUAGGUUCCCAGCAGCCCUGCUUCUGAUCAGUUACCACUGUGAAGUACUUUAUUUUUUCCCGUCUUACGUUUCAAGCUUCCUCCCAAAACUCUGCUCAUCAAAAACCUUUACUUUGUAGGCUGAGCAAUAGGACAUACAACAAAAACUGAUAAAUAUUGAAAAAAGUAAUGAAUAAACCAGCAUUACUGAGCCUUGUGGAAUUCACAAGGGUACCUGUUUGAGAGUAGAAAUAAUGAACAGUGCCCAUAAAAUCUUUUUUCUACAUAGAGGUCGAGACACACAGGGCUAUUUAACAUGGGACCAAACGUGACAUUCCUUUUGGUUGAGGUGCAUGUUCACCAGUUCAUGUUGCUGUUAAUUUUGCUGUCCUUUCAAACGCCAUGUGAAAAUGAUGAAACAUGGACAAAAUGAUUGAUCUGAUGUUUGAGGUUUACAGAGAUAACAGUCAGCAGGAAUUAUAUCUUUGAUGAUAAAGAGGAUAUUUAUGUUUGGAUAAAAGCUUUUGGUUUUCUGUGUGAUUUCUGUUCCUUUGUUUGUAUGCUCUCUUACAUACGAAGGCCGCUUCAUACAUUUUGAACGCUUGUUUUAGUUUUUUCAAAGAAUGUCACAUUGCAGUCUUAAGAUAUCGGACCCUCGCUGUUCAUUGUAUUUAUAGAUGUGUGGCCCAGGGUGAGGUACGCUUCAUUUGUCUGUGUGAAUAAGUUCAGGAUUUUAGCCUUUUACAUAUUCUUUCCCUUUAAUACAGGUCAGUAACAUGCUGUUUCCAUGUUUAAUACCUUGAAUUAGACCUUGUGUUUUCUCUUUCAAAAGUAAAGUUAUACAAAUUAUGUUUGACCAUUGUUUUACCACCUUUGUAUUUCUUGUAGUUGACAGUCAUGCUGACCUUUUUAAGAAGAUUAUCAAAUAUUCUUCAACUCAUUGAUCUUUUACUACUGGUCUUUUAACGGGGAAACAUGUUUACAUCAAAAUUGGGUAGAGAACUAUUUCUUUUUAAAAGUAUUAGAACGUAAAGGUUUCAAGUGGCUUCUUUUGUGUUGGUCGACCUCAUUUCCUUUUCGUGGACAAACCGAUUUCUGUCAGUAUAGGUCGAAAUGUUACAAUGGAAACGGCACUUUCAGACUCAGAUGAGCCACAGCUGAGAUGUAUUGAAACACAUAUCUCACAGAGUCUCAAAACGCUGGGUUUUAAUACAGAAAAAAAAAAAAAACAUUGCUGUCUAUUGUUCUUAUCAUUACAAGGAAAUCAUAGCUGUGAAAGAUUUAGCACAAUAGAAAAACAGAUGAAAAUUCGCUGGGAUUUUGAGACUAAAAGUUUAUUUUAUUUGGUUUGACCACUUCAGUUAACAAGAAUGUUGCUAAUUACCUGCUCAAAUUGUCAGUUGCUCAGUACGAGACCUGUAGUCAGUUUGAUGUAAUUUGCACAGUAGGGUUUUUCUCUUUAUCUGGUUUUGAUAUGUUUUGAUGUGCAAAUCAUAUUGAAUAAAAUGUUUGCA